GAACCGAGAGCAAUUGACAUCUGGAUGCUGGGGUGUUUAUCGUUCGUGAUUGUGGCACUUCUGGAGACGGCUGUAACACACUACCUCUCAUUGGCCACUCAGGAAAAGGAGAAGAAAGAAAUCCUAGCAGAGGAGCGAGAGAAAGAACAGAACCCACCCGUCCAAAUACCCCGUCCUGGACUGAAGGAUCGAUCGGGGAGGGCUCACAAGCCGCCCGAAGAUGAACAAAACAAGGUCACGCUCUUAGACCAACCGAUGUCCAUCCCUCGAGCACGCCUGUGCAACCCUUCGUGGCUAAGGUGGCACCAGAUGACCGAUAGGGAAUGGGUGAUCGUGGUUAAAGAAGAUAGCACUGACCACAAGCAACCAGACGGCAAUGUUGUAAACCCGCGAGAUCAUGACAGCAGCCCAACUGUCUCGUACACUCCUCCCACGACAAUGUCCCGCACCAUGUACACAAACGUGCCGGCUUUUGACGCUAGAGCCGUCGGGCCGAGUGCAGCCGAACGGGCCGAUAGCAUGGCGGGAAAAACAGAUCAACAUGCCAGGGUCAUACUUCCGGUCCUUUUCGUGAUAUUUAACAUUGGGUAUUGGAGCUUUUAUCAUCAAUAAUUCAGGCCAAGCAAAGUUUAAUGCAUUGAUUGUACUGAAUUACUCUUCUUUGACCACGAGCAUGGUUAUGAUAUUUAGUACCACAUUAAUCUUAGUGCUCUUCUUUGACAGCUAAAUGCACUGUACAAACAACCAUCGAAGCCUGCAUAAUAAUUAUUAAACGUAAAGCUCUGAAAUUUAUUCAUAUUCAAGUUUUUUGUUAGUACAUGAUAUCUAGAUAUUCGGCAUGUUUACCUUUUGAAAUUUGAUUUUAUACCCACGAGUAUGUAUGAUAUAGGCUACGUUCAUUUGUUAGAUAGGGGUGAAUAAAAAAAUUCAAUGUUCACAAGUAUUGUUAGUAUACACAAUGGCAAGAUUAAGCCUUUAUAUUGAGUACAGCUUUGGAAAUUUUCCAUGC